CAAUUCAGUCCGCAUAGCAUUUUCAAUGCAUUUUUGCAAGCGGAGUGUCUACGACAUGGAUUUUUUUAGUUGAGUUUAUUCAAUUCUUUUCAUUACAAAUCAAAGUUUCAUUCGGUAGAUUUUUUUAAUCCGUUGAUUAUUGCGUUAUUAGUGUAUUGUAAUACAGUUUGUUGCGUUUUAUUCUCGUUGUGUAAGACCUUUUGUCAACCAAAUCAAAGUUUCAACAAUAAAUAACAAGAAAUAAUGGGUGGAAUGUACAAUUUGAGCAAAUCGAUCCGAAGAGGUCUUUUAAGUGGAUUGAUUUGUGGUGGUGCUGCUUUUGUUGGCGGUUUGAUUGGAGGGCCGAUUGGCAUAGGACUUGGAAGUGCUAUUGGUGGUGCAAUUGGUGCUAGAAUCAUGAGUUUUCGUUCGGCUCCAACAGUUCUUCGCGAAGAUUUCAAGGAAAACGAGCGCCGUGAACUUCUUGAAAGGGGAAAAAGAUUAGCAUUCGAUGCUAAAGAAGCUUUACUGAAAGUACUGCUUGAACUGAUAACUGCACUAACAAAAUGUCGAUCAUGGAGGGAAGCUGCUGAGGCUGUUUUGCAUCCUCUUUUAAAAGAACUGACUGAAGUCACAAUCAAAUCAUUUCUUCGAUACCUAAGUGGAUAAUAGCUAAACUGUAAUGUAACUCAGUUAAUCUGAAAUCGUUGUCAAAAAAUGUGAUGUUGUAGCUAUUUUACAACGGUACUUUCAUUGUUAAAUUGUUAUUGAUUUCGUUAUAUAUUUUAUUGUAGCCAAAUUAUGCUGAUUUCAAUUCAAUUCAUGUCAUACGUUAUAAAAAAAUAUUUGUAUAAUUUUCAUUUUUAAUUUAAAUAUGCCUUAGUUUACAAUUAUGCAAAUUUUGCAACAUCAGCUAGAUUUCAAUAAUAUUAAACAUGAUAUUAAAUGUCGAUUCAAUUUAUUAUUCACAAUCUUACGCAAGAAUUGUCGUCUGUAUUCGUUUUAAAUGAAAUUUCGUAUGCUUGGUAUUUAACUGUAUCGAAACGAAUUUUAAGAUUUUAUUGAAAACGAGUAUGCAUUGAAAUGGAUCCAUAGAUAAUGUCUUACAUGAUUUAAAUAUGCUCAGUGAACAGUUACAAGUCUUAAAGUUACCGUAUUCUGAACAUUUUUAUUAUCAAAAAAUAAUCCAUUUUCAAAGCGGAAAAGUUGUAAAAUAUGGCAUAUCCCAAAUUCAGUUAUAAGUCGAAGUUCAAAACAUUACGUAUUAAUUAAAUUUGCUAGCAAAUGCUGUUUUAUUUAUUUACAUACUACAAUUACAAACAAAAAACCAUAUUUAUUAAACAUGAUAUUAUGUGACUCAUUUGAGUGGGUAUUGCAUUUUCGAUGACAAAGCAAAUAAAAGAAAAAAAAUGUUUUUUUUUAAGAAUUUAAAAAAAAUUCAAAUACUGAAUUCAUUUAACACAAAUUCUCGAAUUAACGAUACUCAGCAUUUACGUUGCUAUUGACGAAAACCUUAUGUUCAUAAGGUAAAACAAACAGCGAUAUAAUCGAGGUAAUUACUGUGAAAUUAAUUAAUAAAUUGACAGAAUAUACUCAUCGCUUAUAUUCGACAAUGAAACGCUAUGCCACCAAGUCUUAUUUUACCAUUUAAGAACCGCCGAAUUAUUUCUCUCAUUCCAGCUAUAUAAAUAA